GUAUCUAUGUUCUUCCGCUUGAAAUAGGGAAACAUUUGCUUCGUUAUCGCAAGUGGGGACAGAAACGAAGUUCGGUUUGAAUUAAAAGCAAACUUUCCAGAUAAGUAUGCACUAUGCACAUUAAUAAACGCUGGUUGGACAUCAUUUUAACCGCGAUUCUGUUUGGAAUUGUGGUUCUAUCCUGGACAUACGUUUUGUACACCACCCGGCUUACAGGGUUACGAAUUUUAAACCAAAGAUUUGGUACAACUCAGUAACGAAAUCAUGUAUAAGCCUGGAGGAGAGGAAAGCAAAAAUGGAAACAUUAACUAUGUUAAGGACUUGUACCCACAAGCCAAAAACUUACAGAUGAAAGUCAUUGUUUUACAUGUUGGAAACUCAUACAAAACAAAGGAUGGUAACGAAGUGCGGUCUUGCAAAGUAGCGGAUAAAACCGGCAGUGUAAACUUAUCUAUAUGGGGUGAUUAUGGUAACCAUAUUCAGCCAGGUGACAUUCUAUCUCUCAGUCGCUGUUAUGCAGUAUUGUUUAAGAGCUGUCUUACAUUGUAUGUUGGAAAGUUUGGGAGUCUUACAAAAGUUGGGGAGUUCUGUAUGGUGUUUAAUGAGGUGCCGGAUAUUAGUGACCAGAAUCCUGAAUGGAUCCAACAGAAUCAGGAAAACAACAAAAACACAUCUGCCCAACCCCCUGUACCAGGCAAUCCACCUUCAGCCCAGAAUUCUCCAAACCAAAAACCACCACCAACCAAUAACAAUAAUAAAAAUCCUGCAUUUAGACACAAACCCUGAUAUAGGAAACAGGAUAUAGACAUUAUAGGUAACAUUGCGUUUUGGAAUAAACUUUGAUAAUUAACUAUUCUGUAUACAUUUCAACUGAACCUCUUAUUUGAAUUUUCUUAGAUAUUUGCAAUUACAGCAAAAAUCGUGGUUCACUUUCACAUUUCUACUGUUUUUGUGAAUUCUCUGCAAUAAAACAGCUUAUAGCGCUUUGUUUUUUAUCUAAAA